GGGUGGGGGAGUUUUGGGGCAGGUCUGCUACUUCCCUGAAACCGGCUCUUUGUGUGCGUGCGUGAGUGUGUGAGGGUCGGGCAGCUAGCUCUGAAGAUCAUUCGGGUCUUCUCUUGUGACUCUACGGGAGCGUGUCGAUGUUGUAGGGGGGUGGGGGGGUUUGUUGGUGACAAAUACGCGCUUGGGAUUCGUGAAACGUGGCCGAGAUGACUCUCGGGGAAAGGAUGUCUCGUCGACCGAUGAUUGUCCAGUGAAUCUUGCACGAGAGCAAGCGUCGGAUACCAAUAUUGAUUCGGGAAAUGACAACAAUGACAAAGGCGCAUCAGACAUCUUCAUCGAUGUAGCAAAAUGGAAUUGGCAACACCUUGUUGAAGUGAAACUCCACCGCUGAAUUAGAAUUUGAGGAGGUGAAGGGCCGGAGAGUGGUGACCGUGCAGCGUGGAGAUGGAGCGAAACGACUCUGCGUAGCCCUCGCUUGUCCCCCACCCCUCCCCAGCAAACCAUCGGCAACACACAAAGUCGAGCAAAUGGAGGUUGACACCGUGCAGCAAUCGAUGGAGCGUGCAAGGCGCCCUCGGCAACACCCUUCCAAGUACCACCAGCCCAACAACGUGUCCGAGGAGGACGACGACGACCUGAAGCUGUGCCUGGCGUCGGAAUACUACGGCGAGGAGUAUGGCCGCUCACCGGACGGCGAACUCUUGACCCUCAAUGGGGACCCGGUGGAGAGCGAUAUCGAAACUGUGCACAUGUCAGACGUCGACGGCUUCAAUUUGUCCGGAAUGAAGGAUGCUCUGGAUGUGCCCGAUGGCUCGUCCACGUCUCCCUGCAUGUCGGGGCCUUUGGAUAUGUACGAGAGAGUCCGGACUCGCAGGAGGGGUGAGAGAGCUAUGACAAUAAUAAUGGCACAUCCGGAGGCCUGUGAGGAUGUGGAUUUGGGCAAAUCGGAGGCAGAUCUGAAGGGUGGCCCCAGGCGCAAGUUAGCUAUGCGCCGCAGGCACACUGUGCCCAGCAAGGAAGUGUCAGAUGAAAAGGUGUCAUUGUCAGACCCUUCAGAAAUCUCGAGCACGGAAGCCACCGACCCUCUCCUGAAACAGCUCCCCAAGGCAUCAAGCAACACGGACAGCACCGAACAUUCAGAAGACGUGCACAGCUUCAUACAACGUGACCGAAGGGUGUCCAUGUACAGCCAGGUGGCGCAUCCGGUGAAACUCUACCAGGAGUACAACAUGAUAGCUCAGAGGAGGGACUGCAUGAAGCAAAUCCGAAUCUCCGUGGCCGUGGAGGGGGAGACACCGAGCAGUGGACAAGGAGACAUCAGCGGCGGCGGCGAAGAGGAAAGUAGCGGCAAGGUUGCCGUCAGCUGGACGCCCGAUCGAUCGCACACGGAGGCUCCCUCGGGUCAUUCGGAAGAGCCGUCGCCCGACCUCGCACGCACCUACAGCUCGUUCUUCUCGCUGUGGCAGGAGUUGCCGGAAGUCCAGAGCAGCGGGGUGCUCGCAACCAUCUCGCAGGCGGAGUGCAGCAGGCAGGAGGCAAUGUAUGAACUCGUGACGUCGGAGGCAUCGUACCUGCGGAGCCUGGAGGUUGCCCUGCACCACUUUCAGGACUCGUGCGAGCUGCAGAAAGUCACGAGUCAGGCAGACAAGCACGCACUCUUCUCCAACCUGGCGGACGUGACCACGGCCAGCGUGAGGUUUCUGCAGGAUCUGGAAACGCGAGUGGCAGAAAACAUACUCGUGCCGGACAUCUGCGACAUUGUGAGCGAGCACACGAAGAAAAACUUCCACGUUUACAUCCCCUACGUGACGAACCAGAGCUACCAGGAACAGACACUGCAGAAGCUACGGCGGACGAACGCCAAGUUCUCCCCAUUGCUGGAGCAUCUGCAGGAGGACCCCAUCUGCAACCGCCUCUCGCUCCAGUCAUUCCUCAUCCUGCCCUUUCAGCGCAUCGUGCGAAUCAAGAUACUUCUCGAGAAUAUCCUCAAGAAAACGGAACCACAUUCCCGAUAUGAAGAAACUGCUUCCGUGGCACUGAAAGCAUUGGCAAGGUUGAUACAAGAGUGCAAUGAAAAUGCUCGGAAAAUGAAGAGGACGGAGGAGUUAAUCCACCUGCACAAUACCAUCGAGUUUGACAAAAUGAAGUCGCUGGCCCUCAUUUCCCCCACGCGCUGGCUGGUGAAGCACGGGGAGCUUUUGGAGCUGGCCGUGUCGCGCACGGCGGGAAGCACGCUCAUGAACAGGCUCAUGACCAAGCGAAUCUAUCUGCACCUGUUCAACGACAUCCUCAUCCUGUCCCGGCGCAAGGACGGAGGGAAGUUCACCGUGUUCUGCCAUGCAGACCGCACGAAGGUGGAGUUACAGUCCGUGGGUGCGGCCGAGAAUAACGUGGCCACGGACAACUCCUUCUACCUCCUCCUGGACGACCACGACAGCCGGAAGUACCGCCUCCUCCUGCGCGCUGCCUCGCAGAGCGAGAAGGAGCGCUGGGUCGAGGCCAUCGCGCCACCGCAGCGCAAGGACGAGGCGGCCCUGGUCUACGAGGGGGAAGACUGCCCGCAGGUCUACUGUCUGAAAGCCUACGUCGCCCAGGAGCCCGACGAACUGAGCCUGGACAAGGGCGACAUCCUCAGCAUCACAAGGAAAACCUCCGAUGGUUGGAUGGAAGGAGUCCGGCUCUCAGACGCGGAGAAGGGCGGCUGGUUCCCCACGGCAAACGUGGCAGAGAUCACCAACGUACACGUCCGUACGCGCAACAUCCGCGACCACCACCGCCUCCAGCUCGCCACGCAGAACCUGCAGCGCAAGCAUUCGUGAUGGCACGGAAACCUCCCAGUGCCAGCCAGUCGUCAUCGUCAUCGCCGUUAUCGCGAGAAUUCGGCCGUUCUCCACCCCAUGAGCCGACACGGGCCACGGCAUUGAUACCAUGCAGGAGAAAUUAAGACAUUUUAACGUGUGCAGGAAACGUCAGCGCCAAGUUGCGGUGGCAAAGUAGACUUAAUACGUGACGUGAAACAAAUGUCUUAAGAGUACUAACUAGGCGCUGGCUAGAGGAGUGGACGUGUUCCCUCUGUAUUGUGGGAAUUAGUAACCCGAGUCAUGUUUUGGGGGAUUGGCAGGUGGGAAGGGAGGACACGGGCACCAUUUGCUUGGGGGCCGCCAUAAUAAAAUGGUUAAAAACCAAUGACUUCAUAUUGAUAGCCUCCUAUGGAGUACAUCUCAAGGCACUCUGUGGUCGUCUAGCCAAGGAGGACCUCUAGUGGCAGCUGUCUCUGUACAGCACAGGGUGAAUGCGGCAUUGGAAAGCAAGUGGGCAUUACUCUGCCAGUAGGAGGACUAUGUUGCUACAAUGAAGUAAUUUGCAUGGCAUUUAUCAAAUUUGCCAAAUUUCAACCAUAUGCCAGAACAAUCGCCUGCACUUUUAAAAUGAGUCCAGUACAGCAGUAGCACCUACAUUCCCAGAACGCGGUGGAAGGCUGGGAUGCAAGAAUACUGAAUGAAGGACCCACCAUGUUGUCCAGGGCUUAACUUAAGCAAGGGCUGUCUAGGUUGAUGACCCGCAAAAUAUUUCCACAUCAGACACAAAAAGUAUACCACUCGCUGUGGCUACUCGUCAUGUGGAAACUGCUCCAGUCUGCUAGUUAAUUGGAAGACAUUCAGUUGCAAUGGGGCCCUGGUGUUUCCCAAGACCAGGUUUAAAAUCCAUGGUGUACACGUGAGGCCAGACUUGUGUCCUGGUUUCAGUAGGACCGGCAUUGACCCAUAAAAUGAGGACAUACAAAGGGACUUGUGGCUUCAUCUGAGCCAGUCAGAGAUAAUGGAUGGAUUUUGUGCGACUGCUCCUCUAUAUUUUAGUGGAUCACACGUAGUGACCACAGGCAGGCAGAAGGACUGGUUUGAAAGUGUUUUACGUUUUGGUUAAUUUGUGUUACAUAUAAAAUGACUGUAAAUAUGAUAUCUUUGAGAAGUACGCUAAAGUAAGUGGAUUACUUUAUAAAAUCCCUGCCAGGAUGCAUGUUCACAUUGCUUGAUAAUUGCCAAUUUUUCUACAUCUGUCAUGUGACAAACAAUCUUAAAGGACAGUUCAGGGGAAAGUGCACCCUCUAGUGGUUAUGGAUUUUUUUAAAAAUCCACUUGAAUGUUUCAUAUGCCCUACAAGAUGUCUCCAACACGAAGGGUUGCAUUGCUCUGCUAAGUAUUCUGAAUGGAUUAUUCAUCUCAGCAUGAUGCCAAUAGCACAAUUGUAAAACGUUGGAUUAGAUUUACCAGCAUUUUUUAAAGGUAUGGAAUAUUCUCUAAGGGACACACAUUUUACGUUUAAUUGAAGCACUUGAAAAACAUAGCUGGACUUGUAUCUGUUGGAUCGGCUAUUUUAUUAAAAAAAAGUUCCAAUU